CCGCGCCACGACCACGCCGCCGACGCCGGCUGCGCCUCCCUGCUCGGACCUGGGCUUCGCCUCCUGGUUCAUGCCCCUUCCUCCACCGCCUGUCGGUGGCCCUGCUGGCGCCCCUGGCCGUCUCGCGCUGCAGCUGUGCUCGACAGCCCCAACCUCGUCAGAUCCAAUCCCGCCGGCAGGCCGGGGUGGUUCGACCUCUUCCGUGGAGUUCGUCCCCGUCUCGCAGACGAUCGCGACGUCGUCGUGCCAGGCAAGGCCAGGUCCGGGGCGUGCCGUUCCUGCUGCUGCGGUCUCGAGCAUUCAAGAUCUAGGUGGCGGCCAUAACUGCGAGGAUGCGUGGCAGCUGGCCUCCUCACCCCCAGCUCCUGCCGUGCCUUCAAUGCCAGUGGCGAGGACGGGCGCGGGGCGCGAUGCCGAUGUGACCGGCGGCUGGCAGCUCGUCGUGUCAACCAAAGGCCCGCGCCGCCCGGCUUUGGCCGCCCCGGCCCCUGCAUUCAAGCUGGCGCCCAUCCCUCGAUGGCUCCUUGGCCGCUGCUGCCGAUGCCUACACCGGGGUCACCGUGCUGAGCUGUGCAGGGAUCCCAUCCGCUGCUCCCGCUGCCUUCAAAAUGGGCACAAGUCACGUGGUUGCAGCAACAACUGGAAGCCAUUAAGCUCCCUCGACGGCCCUGCUGUGCCUCCUCCUCCGCUCCCCCGCCCUGUAUCGUCUACUGCUUGUCAAGAGGUGCCGCCUCGUCCUGGUCGGGGCUGGGAGAUCCCUUGCCCGCCUCCCCUGUUGCAGCUUCACGCCGGCCCAGCCACGAUGCCACGCCGUGGUGACCCCGAGGUGCCACGCCUUGGCGACCCUGCGCUCAGGCCGGAGGAGGACUUCGUGGUUGUCCCGGCGACGCCGGAGAUGCAGGCCGAGGAAGCCAUCCUCUCCACCAACUGUGCCGUCGCAUGGCUCGAUGGGGCGCGGCAGGACAUUCCCUGCCAGCAGGUGGCUGCUGAGCUCGCCACAGAGCUGGGCGCAAGACUGGCCGACGUCGAGGUGGUCAAGCACUACCCCGAGCAGUUCCUUGUUCGCUUCGUGUACCAACACCACUGCGCCGACGCCGUGUCCCGCGGCCACCUUCGGGGCACCGGCCACCGCAUCUACGUGCGAGAGUGGAGGCUCGAGGCUCAUGCAGACAACGAAGACCAGCUCCAUCAUGUUCGCCUCUGCUUGGAAGGUGUCCCUCUCCACGGCUGGAACAACUACAUAUGCUUCCUCAUCGGCCGCGGAUGCUCGCUUGACUACAUCGAGCAGCGGUCGCUUCGCAAGGAGGACACCAGAGACCUGGCGCUCUGGGCUUGGAUGGCGAACCCCGACGCCAUCCCCAAGGUUAAGUGGCUCACACUUCCGGCCCGCGGUCACCGCCGCCGUGGUCGGCGGGGCCUCCGCCAUCGCAUCCUCAUCCACCUCGACCUCCACGAGGACCACUCCAUGGCCGCCGCCGCUGACGACAACCCACCGCCACCAGACGUGCAUGAGUUCACCUGGUACAGGAAGGUGGUCGAUGGCACCUUUGUUCCGCGAGAGCGCCGUCCAGCUCAGGGGUGCGCUGAGCGCCGUGCGGAUAGACGCGAAGACGACGGCGACCGCGACGGAAGGCGCGGACGUGAAGGAGGUCGCCCUCGGGAAGGCUGGGGCGCCAGGGUCCGACGCUCGCUUUCCCGCAACCCGCGUGAGCGCCAGCACGAGGGGGGCCAAGACCGCACCAGAGACAGGUCCGGUGGACGCCGCCAUGAUAGCACCAGCGCUGCUGUUGUGGCCACCCCUCUGGCGUGUGCGGCCAUUCUGCGGGGAUCGGGCUCGGGCAGUGAUGAGCCGGUCCGCGCCCUCGAGCUCCUGGGCACGCAUGAGCCGGUGCUCAUUGAGGCUCGUGGGCGUAGUCCAUCACGCCAGGCGUCGCCACGGGCCUCCAGGCGCCGCUCUCUGGAGGAGAGAACUCCACCGGCGUCACCCCCUCUUUCUCCAACAACAGUGCUGCCGCCGAGCCCCAUAUCCAAGCGCGCCGAGGCCAGGUCCUCCCCUCUGACUCUGGUCGCUGCAAACCAUGCCAUGAGCGAGCUCUGCUCUCCCACAACGCUCGCUCGGCCUCUGGUGUCACCCUCGAGGCCCCCGGGGUUCCAAUCGUCGCCCACACCGCCACUCGCAUGCGUCGGCCCCCUGCGUCGUACCCCUUCACCUGUGCGUGAUGGUGCGGUUGGCGUCUCCACUGAUGCCCUCAUGUCAAUCUUCGUGGAGCGACAAAUGGGCGUCCUUGCCACACCUGAGUCACCCCCUCCCAGGCCACCAGCGGCUCGCCGAAAGACCCUGGCCGGUGUCAAGAUUUCUACCAGAGGUGGCCUCACCCUGCAGAAGGUCAAGCGGUCCGGCACCCCUGCUGUGGCCAUGGCGGUUAAGGCUGCAGAGAAGCUCAUUUGCCGGACGAUGGGAAUCACCAAAAAUGGAGAGGACGUGACUGAAGCCAUUCUUGAUGAGUUCACGGCCAAGUUCAAGGAGCAGCUAGCCCCUGAAGUGAUUCUGGCAAUGAGAGAAUUCUUCCACCUCGACGACUCGGCUGUCAACGACAUCGAAGAUGCUCUAAUUGAUCAUGGCGGCACCGGGGCUCUAGAGUUGGCCCGAGAUGGUGUUAUGGCUCAGGACAACCAAGUAUCGCAGCUGUCAGCGGCCUGA